GUGAAAUUAGGCAACCCGAGAUGCCCAGGAAAUUGCCCAAGGUGGAACAACACUGGUCUUUAAACUACUCACAUCAUCAUUUAUCACGGUGGCAGUGACACAGGGUGUGGUCUCGAAGUUUCGCUACGGCUACACAAAUUGUUGAGAUGAUUCAUGUGGCGCUUUGCUGACCACCGACAGUUUUUUUUUUCAAUUAUUGGCUCUGUGGAUCCUCUCUCUCGCACCGUGGAGUUGUUGCGGCUGUGCUCCUAAAUCGGAUCUAGACCUGUCACGUCGUUGAGGGUGGAUCAGCAGUUCAAGCAUGGGGCUGCUGCAGCUGCUGAAGUCCCAGUUCCUCUGUCACCUGCUCAUCUGCUAUGCGUUCCUGGUCAGCGGCCUGCUGGUCAACCUGUUGCAGAUCUGCACGCUGCCCCUCUGGGCCUUCAACAAACAGCUGGCCCGCAAGAUCAACUGCAGACUGGGCUACUGCAUCUCCAGCCAGAUGGUGGCAGUGCUGGACUGGUGGUCUGGCACUGAAUGCACGCUCUACACGGACCCGGAGAGCUACCGGCUGUAUGGCAAAGAGAACGCCAUCGUCAUCCUCAACCACGGCUUUGAGAUUGACUUCUUGUGUGGAUGGACCUUCUGUGAGAGAUUUGGCGUCCUUGGGACAUCAAAGGUCAUGGCCAAGAAGGAACUUUCCUAUGUGCCCCUGAUUGGCUGGAUGUGGUACUUCCAGGAGAUAGUAUUUUGUAAGAGGAAGUGGGAGGAGGAGCGCAAAACCGUGAUUAAGAGUCUACGGAACCUGCGGGACUACCCAGAGAACUUCUGGUUCCUGCUCUUCUGUGAGGGCACACGCUUCACUGAGAAGAAGCACAAGAUAAGCAUGGAAGUGGCCGAGAGCAAAGGGCUGCCCAAGCUGAAGCACCACCUCCUGCCCCGCACCAAAGGCUUCUGCGUUAGCGUGCAGAACCUCCGAGGCACAGUUACCGCUGUGUACGAUUCUACACUUAAUUUCAGAAACAACGAAACACCUACUCUACGAGGAAUCCUAAGUGGGAAAAAAUACCACGCAGAUCUCUACGUGAGGAGGAUUCCUCUGGACACAAUCCCAGAGGACGAGGCAGAAUGCGCCGCCUGGCUUCACAAACUUUAUCAAGAGAAGGACACGUUUCAGGAGAGGUAUGCACGGACGGGUACUUUCCCUGGGCCGACGGUCAAUCCGCCGCGCCAGCCGUGGGCCCUGAUCAACUGGCUGUUCUGGACCGUCCUGACCGUCUACCCCCUUGUCCUGCUGCUGAUCCAGCUGCUCCAGAGCGGCUCCACAAUGACCAUCCUCAGCAGCCUGGCUGUCUGUGUCGCAGCUUCUCUGGCCGUGCGCUGGAUGAUCGGACAGACGGAGAUCAACAGGGGAUCAAGUUACGGGAACAAGGAAACGGCACUCAACAACAAUUAACAAGGAAUUAUCACCAAGAGAAUCUCCACAACUGCACAAUAGUUAUAGCUAAGAGCUGGCACACAAUAGCCAACUCAUGACCUCUAAGGCUGUGUCCAUGUUUGACAGCUUUGCACAAAACAUACUUAUGUAUACUUUGCUGGAUAACAAGUUGCCACUGACUUUGCUUGAUGAGAUAAACAGUCAAAGCACAAAAAGAUUGCAGGGAAAAACUACCUUGAGUUAGAUAUUCACUACCAAUGGAAAAUGGUGUAACCAAAGUGACCAAUAAAUGCCUUUUUUUUUU